UUUCUCCCUGACAUUGGGAAGUGUAAUACACAGAAUUGACAGGAAUUACUACCACAAUAAGAUCACAAUUGGUUUCCAUAGCAAAAUGUACAAGCUAGGUUGCACAUUUCUACAAUAGUUGGGAAGUAUAUGUGUAUUUUAUCCACCAACAUUUUUUCUGUGUAUAAUUUAGUGGUGUAUAGGCAAUGACCAGUGAAAGUGUAUAUUGAUUGUACAAACCAGCAGAUUUUAUGUUAAUUUUAUGUCAAGAUUACCGUAUUUUAUAUAUCUAUGGAUUAAUAUUACACUGGUAAUUAAUGGCUAAAGACCAGCAGUCAGGAUUCAUGUAAAGAGGCCAUUUGAGGGAUAAUGGUUAAAAAGGGUCUCCAAUUGACAAUAAACUACAGACAAAUAAGCUGAAGACAUAAUCAGAAUUAUGGCAGGUGAUGAGCAGGAUGGCCUUGGUCCAUCUCGUUGUAGAGAUGGAAAUUAUGGAAUAAGCAUACCAGAUCUACGAACAAUUAACGAACAAAAAGGAUUAGAAGCUGUAGAACAUAUACAAAGCAAAUAUGGCAGUGUUAUAGAAAUCUGUAAUUUAUUAUUUACUUCACCUAAUGAAGGAUUAUCAGGAGCACCAGCUGAUUUAGAAGAUAGAAUAAAGUGUUUUGGUUCUAAUGUUAUACCACCUAAACCUCCAAAGACAUUUUUACAGUUAGUGUGGGAAGCACUUCAGGAUGUGACUUUAAUUAUUUUAUUAAUUGCUGCAUUAGUUACUAUAGGUUUAUCAUUUUAUCCUGCAGGAGAUGACGGAGGAGAUGGGGGUGAUUCAGAACAAGAGGCAGGAUGGAUAGAAGGAGUAGCAAUUUUAGGAGCCGUUAUAGUUGUAGUAUUAGUAACAGCAUUCAAUGACUAUAGAAAAGAACAACAAUUCCGUGGACUGCAAAGUAAAAUAGAACAUGAACAUCAAUUUUCUGUGAUUCGUGGAAGCAAAGAUAUGCAUAUUCCUGUAGGAGAUUUAGUAGUAGGAGAUAUUUGUCAAGUAAAAUAUGGUGAUCUUUUACCAGCAGAUGGUAUAAUUAUACAAAGUAACGAUUUAAAGGUAGAUGAAAGUUCAUUAACAGGUGAAUCAGACCAUGUCAAGAAAGGAGAAUCAACAAGUCCUAUUUUGCUGUCAGGUACCCAUGUCAUGGAAGGAAGUGGGAAAAUGUUGGUCACAGCUGUUGGAAUUAACUCACAAACUGGUAUUAUUUUUGCCCUAUUGGGAGCCUCACAUGGUGAAGAAAAGGAAAAAGAAAAAGAAAAGAAAAAUGGCAAGAAAAAAGGAGAUGGUCCAAAUGAAGGUUCACAGACUAACACUGCCGGACAAACAGUUCCAUUGCUUACUAGUGACGCUGACGUUAAAGUGGAUCUUGGAUCAAUAAAUCCUGAAUUGCCAACAGGAAACUCCCACAAUUCCAAUAAUACCAAUGCUGUCAACAACAAAGUGGGGAAUGGUGAGCCAAAGAAACCUGCACCACAGGCAUCAGCACGAAAAGAGAAGUCAGUUCUGCAGGCUAAACUUACCAGGCUGGCCAUCCAGAUAGGAUAUGGAGGAACUGCCAUUGCUGUAGCUACUGUUUUAAUUCUCAUUAUCAAGUUCUGCGUGAAGGAGUUUGCCAUCAACAAAAAUGAAUGGACAAGUGACAAGACUGCCAACUACAUUGAACAUUUUGUUAAACAUUUUAUCAUUGGUGUGACUGUGUUAGUUGUAGCAGUUCCAGAAGGUCUUCCAUUAGCUGUAACUUUAUCUCUAGCUUAUUCUGUUAGAAAAAUGAUGGAUGACAAUAACUUGGUGCGACAUUUAGAUGCUUGUGAAACAAUGGGAAAUGCUACAGCCAUUUGUUCUGAUAAAACUGGAACAUUAACAACCAACAGAAUGACAGUUGUUCAGAGUUAUAUUGGAGGAGUUCACUACAAACAGGUUCCUAACUUUGAAACUUUAGCUAGCAGUUUUAGAGAGUUGAUAGUGUGGGGCAUAGCUAUCAACAGUGGUUAUACCUCCAGAAUACAGGCAUCAGAGGACGGGGGUCUUCCUGCGCAACUAGGGAAUAAAACAGAGUGUGCCCUGUUAGGAUUUGUUCUGGAUAUGAAACAGAGUUAUGAAUCUGUAAGACAAGAAGUUACUGAAGAACGUUUAACCAAAGUAUACACCUUUAACUCUGUACGGAAGUCUAUGAGUACAGUCAUUCCUACGAACAAGGGUUACAGACUUUUUACAAAGGGAGCAUCAGAAAUUGUUUUAAAAAAAUGUACCCAUAUCUUAGAUUGUAAAGGCCAGGUUUUACCAUUCUCCCCUGAGGAUCAGGAUAAUAUUGUGAAAACAGUAAUAGAACCAAUGGCUAGUGAUGGACUUCGUACGAUCUGUUUGGCAUACAGAGAUUUUGUUAAAGGUGAAAGUGACGGUGUCAAUGAUGUAACAUUCUCAGAGGAACCGGACUGGGAGGAGGAAGGUGACAUAGUAAAGGAUCUAACAUGUUUACUGGUUGUUGGUAUUGAAGACCCAGUAAGACCUGAGGUACCCAAUGCUAUCAAGAAAUGUCAGAGAGCAGGUAUCUGUGUUAGAAUGGUAACUGGUGACAAUGUGAAUACAGCCAGAUCUAUCGCCACUAAAUGUGGAAUUCUUGAUCCUAAUGAAGAUUUUCUGGUCAUUGAUGGCAAAGAAUUUAACAAACGUAUCUUAGAUGAAGAUGGAGAGGUUUCACAGGAAUUAUUUGACAAAGUUUGGCCUAAAUUACGUGUUCUGGCGCGAUCAUCACCACAGGAUAAAUAUGUGCUGGUAAAAGGUAUUAUAGACAGUAAGAUGAGCACUGCCAGAGAAGUUGUAGCAGUAACUGGUGAUGGAACCAAUGAUGGACCUGCUCUCAAAAAGGCUGAUGUUGGAUUUGCAAUGGGUAUAUCCGGGACAGAUGUAGCCAAAGAAGCCUCAGACAUUAUUUUAACAGAUGACAACUUUACCAGUAUUGUUAAGGCUGUGAUGUGGGGUAGAAAUGUUUAUGAUAGUAUUGCUAAGUUUUUACAGUUCCAGUUGACAGUCAAUGUUGUUGCUGUACUUGUAGCUUUCCUUGGAGCCUGUAUAAUUGAUGACAGUCCUCUACGAGCUAUUCAGAUGUUGUGGGUGAACUUGAUUAUGGACACUCUGGCUUCAUUAGCUCUUGCUACAGAGCUUCCCAGUGAGGAAUUGUUAGAACGCAAACCUUAUGGAAGAACGAAAGCUCUCAUUUCUAGAACCAUGACAAAAAAUAUUAUUGGUCAUGCCAUCUAUCAGCUAACUGUUAUAUUUUGUUUACUUUUCUUGGGUCCUCAGUUUUUUGACAUUGAUAGUGGAAUAGGAGGAGAUAUUCAUUCUCCACCAACUCAGCACUUUACUAUUAUAUUUAAUACAUUUGUUAUGAUGACUCUUUGUAAUGAGGUCAAUGCUAGAAAAAUCCAUGGGCAGCGUAAUAUUCUGGGAGGAUUACAGAGGAAUCCAGUGUUUAUAGUUAUCUGGAUAGGAACCUUUAUAGCUCAGAUAGUACUAGUUCAAGUUGGAGGUUCUGUGUUUUACACCAAAGGAUUAACACUAGAGCAGUGGUUUUGGUGUUUGUUUUUAGGAAUAGGGGAUCUGAUAUGGGGACAGCUUGUUACAACUGUUCCAACAAGUACAAUACCUAAAAAUGUUUGUCGUCGCCUACGUGGCAGACACGAAGAAGACGAAGAAGUAGAUCAUGACAUGAUGAUGGAAGAGGAAGAUGUAGGAGGAAGGCGUGGCCAGAUCCUAUGGGUCAGAGGCCUUACCAGACUCCAGCAACAGAUCCGAGUAGUUAAUGCAUUUCAAAUGGACCUAGAUACCUCUCAUUUAGACAGCUACGAUAAACGAAGUAGGCCAUCACUAAUUAGCCUACAGUCGCUCCAGCAGAAAUCUGGGGUAUCAAAAAAGCCGAUGCUUGCAAGCUCACCAGAGGUUGAGGAGAGUCGAUCAUCGCCAUGGUUAGGACAUCAAGAUAGUAUACCAUAUGCUGAUGAAUAAUAUGUGUACAGACUUUUUAUAACCUUAAAAUUUACAGUGGGGCAUUUCAUUAUGAUCCUUCAAAUAUCAAUUACUGGUAGAUGUUGAAUAUUAUUUAAAUGAACAAAAAUGCAUACAAGACUGCUAAAAAUGUCUGAUCAUUCAUUUGGUUUGUUACUACAGUAGAAAUGAACAGAGAUGUGUGUCUUUAACUUAGUGAAAUGUCUGACUUGAGCUUUUAGGGUUUUAUGUAUUUAGUUGCAUUGCUUUCAUAUUUUAUUUUAAAACAGCAGGAGUGGAUCUAUCGGCAUUCAGCCUGUUGGUUCUUCUUAGUUCCAGUAAAUCAGUUAAGAAAAUUACAAUCAGUUUUGAAUACAGAUUGUCGGAUUACAAAACUUAUAAUAAAUUAUGCAUGUACAAACAUUAGGUUGUGUAUAAUGAUUAGAAAAAUUCCAUUGUAUCAAAUUACAUCAAAACAGAAAAAUUGUACAUCUAGAACCACUCCUGUAUUUGACUAUGUUGUUUUCAGUGAUAAUGUAACCGUUUUCAGGGUUUUAGCUUGUUCUGUGUAUAAUUAUAGUUUGAACAUACUAUAGUACUUUUGUACUUUGAUUUUUUUCAUUUUUUAAGUUCAUAUCUCUUGCAAGUCUUGAGCUUAUAGUAUAUUGCUUUUCUAUAUCUUCAACACAGUAAUUGGAGUACUUGGUAGCUCUUUUUUCAGAAAUGGUGCUAAUAUAUAUUGGAUUUUAAAAUAUCAAUUUGUACAAAAAAGGGAUUUUGGUCAGCUUUUAAAAUUACACCAAACCAAACUUAAUUUCUUAUACCAGAGGUUCAUGAUGCUUUGAUAGCAAGAUCAAGUUCUUGUAGUUUAACAAGAUUUUUCACACAUUUAUUGUUUGAGAUCAACAAGCAUGCCUGUUCUACUCUUAGACAUACUUUUAUUCAAUGUUUUGUAAAUUGAAAAACAGAAAAAAAAAACAGAGUUAUCAAGUACACCAGGCUACGAGUGUUGAAUAAAUUGAAUAUAGAAACUUGUACAUAUACAGAGAAUUAUUUAUUAUCUUUUGUGUAUAUAGUUUAGAUUGUUAGUGAUAACAUAUUUAUAAGUUCAUACACAAUGUUAUUUUAUCAGUGCAAAUAGUGGCUAAAAUAACAUUUACAGUCACAUACUUUUAUCAUUUUGAAUAUUUAGUUUUCACGUUUUUUUUUUAUUUGAAUUCUAAAAUGAAUCACCUUUUCUGCUAUUGUUAUGGAUCGGAUAGGUCUGAAGCUAGAUGGAAUGAUAUGAAAGUAAAAUAUAUAAAAUUAUUACAUGCAUGAGAUUAUAGCACUAUUUAUAGGAACUAAAAUAGAAUACUCAGCAAGAUUUAUAAAAUGAAAUGUAGUACCUCUACCUAGCUCAAGGAGACUAGAGUAACUUAUCUUUGUGAAUAGAGUUAUUCCCCUUGAAGUGCAAUGUGGAGAACUUGUCUUAAUAAAAGAAUCAAUUUUCAGAUGUUAAACAUAAGGUAAUCUUUAUGUAUAAUAUAAAACAAAUACAUUCCUUUUUUCUGGGUGUAAUACUUUAAUUAGGAUAAAACAUAAAGGGAGAUUACUCUUGUAAAAAUAUUAAGAAUUGAACUACAGUAAGGGGGAUUACUCUUGAGCAAGGAAAGUGUUAAACUUUGUUAUAUAUUUAUGAUCAUGUGACUAAUUGUGUCUAAAUGUUGAAUGAUAUAAGGGUAAUAUUUGUAAUAUUAUGUAUAAAUGGCUUCUGUUUACAAGAGUUAUUUCAUUUCAAGAUGAUGUUUUAGGUAACUAUGCAUUUUAAUGUUUUUAUUCAAAAGCUUUUCAAAUUAAAAUGCAUAUCAUCAACUGUUGAGAUCAUUUGAAAAAUGUAGAAACAAAAGAAAUAGUUACAUAUCAAGAUAUAAAGUAUAGAAUUAAAACAACUGAUUUAUGUUAAAUUAAUUUAUUAUACUAGUCAUAUCAAAAAAGGGACUGAUGUUUACUAGAAAAUAAAUAAUGAUUUAGAUUUUUUAUUUAUUUAUCAAACCUAAGCUUCUUUAAUCAACAGAGAAUAUAAUGCUAAAUUUAUAAGAGAAUUUUAAAGUUUUAAUAUAGCAUACACAUGACCAUAGAUUCUAUCACCAGACAUGCAUGUAUGUAGCUUCUAAUAUGCAUUAGUGUAAAAUAUUCAAUAUUUAAACUAUUUAUUUUUGUUAGUUUUAUAUUAAUUUUGUGUCUACAACAAGGAUUGUUUAUUUUAAUGUCUUAGUUAUUUUAUUUUAAAUUAAACUAAAUAUUUGUUUUGAUUUUAUCUAAAAUGAACAUUAUGUUGUAUAUAUUUAUUUCUGACAAAAAUCUAAGAUUUCUGCAGUUCCAUGACACAAAGUAGAAGGUAUGGUAAGACCAUUUUUUUCUUGGGUAUCAAAAUAAAAAAAAUAAUUAAGAAGAGAAACUUAUCAUCUUCCAGACAUUUACAAGACAACAUAUUUCAAUAAUGGUAAAAUUGUAUUUUAAAUUACAAUUCUGUUAUAGGUGCGUGAACGUACCGUAUGGAUUGCAGUUUCUAAUUUUCAUUUCUGGAGUGAAUUUUGCAAUUAGACAUAAACUAAGGUUGCUACUCUCACGUUAAGUUGACCUUCAAAAGUUUUGACCUUUACAGUUAAGGCCAAUCUUUUAUUAAAUGCCAAAGAACUUGACAUCCCAAACUAUUGAUUUUGAGCCCACAUUUUUUAACUGACUUGUUUUGUGUUUUCAUGUACAUUUAGUUAGUCAUCUGAUUGAGAUUAAAAAGGGGGAGGGUUGAAAUCUAAAAAUGACAAGCUUAACCCCUCCACAUAUUCAUGAGCCUGUCCCAAGUCAGGAACGUCAUAAGUUAUUGGUUUUAGUUAUAUCUUAUAAAUGUUUGUCCUAUAGGGAAUUGGGUGUCGAUGAUAGAUGUUUAACAUUCUCAGUUGAUUUGAUUCACAACAUUUCUAGACCAUGGUAAAUAGAGAGCUUAAAUAUUGUGUAAACAUUUGUUGAUUAUUGAAGAUCAAAAGUGACCUCCAGUAGGUUUUUUUGUGUCUUUGGAUUACUUUAAAAUUUCACCCAUAUCUUUUAUUUACACCAAUAUAGGAUUUUUUUUCGAAAAUUUGUUUAGCAAUGAUCAGUAUUUACAUUUAUAUAACAUAAUGGUGCUUAUCAUACCUCUAUUAUGAUGACUAUCAAAGUAUUAUCUGCUGUGGAUUGUUUCUUUGGUAUGGAGCAAUUUUACAUAAUCUUCAAUUUAUUAUAUAACAUUUAACAAUUAAAUGUUUGACCUUGCUUUUUAUGUUACAGCUAUACAAAACACUUAACUCAAACUAAUUCUUUCAAGUUUUAAUGAAUGUACUACAUGUACAUUAUAAUUGUACUUCAUAUGAAAACACUAAAAUUCUUUAGGAGCUCUUGACUUUAGACUGAAAUCAGUGAAGUAAAAAUGAACUGCCAUACUGAAUACAUUGUAAAUAUGCAUGUUGAAACAUCUGUUAGUGAUGUGAUUCAUGUGACCUUUAAAGUUGCAUGCUAAACAAUUGCCAAUGAUUUUACCUUCAUCAGUAUUACUGAAAUUGGUUCAAGAUAAUUUGACAAACACAGAAAAAUUUGUUACACAUAAUUAUUAAAGUUGACCUAAGGAUUAAUUGAUUGAUUGAUUGUUGGUUGCUUACAUCCAGUGGCAAAUAUUUCACCCAAAGAAUUAAAGACCUUGGCUUAUAUUCAUAAUUGUACAGGCCCUGUAUCUUAACUGUUAAAAGUUGAAAUAGUAAAGUAAUUUGUCAAGGUCACUCUAGAGGUCAUUGUCCUUCCUUUUGUAUAGGACCACUCAAAGAUCAAAGAAGGCUAAGUGUAAACCCUAAUCCUUUGGUAUUUUAAUAGCAAAUGGAAAAACCAGUUAAAAUGAAUAUACCCACCCCACUUAAAAAUUCAAUUCAAUAUGAAUUUACAAAUAUAAACAAACAAGUGUGCUCGCUCUGCAUAUGGUUGGAUUAUCCGAAAUUGCUUCAUAAUCUCAGACUAAAUACCAUAAACACUCAGAUUUAUCAAAACAUAUCACUCAGAUUAAGAAUAUUGCAUGGUUAAGAGAAUUCCAAGUAUACAAAAUUGUUUAAAUUUGUGCAAGAUAUAAAACUAAUGUUAAUUUUUUUUUUAAAUUCAUGUCUAUGCUGCAGUUGCCAGAACAAAACAGUACAAUCUUUACCUCCUCUCUUAAACUAAUUUUCUCUUUUCAGAUGUUCAAGUUUCAAGAGAAAAUGACCAAUAAUUUACGAAAAAUCAAGACUUGCAAGAAUUUUAUGUAUUGUGAAGUCAUAGCUAGUAGAUUCUGUGUAGAACUGUUGUGUAUUAUGUACCCGUUCAGCUUGUUAAUUUUCAUUUGAAUAUGAUACAUCUUAUUUCUUAUUGGUUUAUAACCCCCAUCAUGUGACAUAAUACUUUUUUCUGAUUGGUUUGUAAUCAAUAUCAUAUGAAUGAAAACAAUUGUGUGCAUGUAAACUAAUUUGUUACAAUAAAAUACACAUUGAAUGAGAACAAAUGAACAAUGUACAUAUAAAAAAGAAUUUGAGUGUCACUGCAUGUUCAGAUAUUGCACGAUGUAAAUAUAUAUUCAACCAUCUUUUUUCCAGCCUUAGCCAUCCCUGCACAGAAUCCUCAUUAAAUUGGAAUCAAAUAAACUUCCAGUUGUAAUUCAUUCAUUAAACAGAUAAAGAAAUACUUAAUUGAAUGAUAUGCCAAAAGAAAGCGGUUCACUUUUACUGAGAACUGGUAUACAAAAUCAAAUGAUUAAGCAAGAUAUAUACUGGGGAAAAAUGUUCAAAGUUAAGAUAUCAUGCAUGUGCUUAAUAAAGACAAAGAUAUUUUUGGUACCACAUUAUGAUUAUUGAAAAAGUAACUUUAUGCUUUGAAUUUAGAUCAAUACCAUUACUGAUAGUUAUUGUUAGGUUCUACAGAAUCAUUUGGCUGACAUCACUUUUUUGGUAACUAAAAUGAGUAAUUCCAUUUUGUAGGUACAAUUUCUGUCAUUUAUAUGACUUUAAAACUCAUAUUUAAGACUCAAAGUUUUUGUCUUGUUCUGGAUCAUUUGAUUUUGGUAUAAGGGUUGUCAGGAAUUAUUCUCUGAACUCAAAACUAAGCUCAGGGAUGUAUCACAAUUCUGCUAUGAGUUUGAAUACUUCAAGUAUUGCAAUAUAGUAAAGAAUGAUCAACAUUUGCAUUUCUCAAAAUCAAAAUAGCUUCAAAGUCCCAUAAAAAUGAUGCAUCAAUACACCAUUGCUUAAAUCUAAUGUCUUUACUUUUUACCCUUAAUUCAUUAAUUGUUUCAGAAUGUGAAUUUUGUGCAAAAUAUCAGCUAGUUUUAAUUAAAAAUUAUGGUUUAUAUAUAAUAAAUAUUUCAAGUAUGUAAACAUCUCAAGAGUAAAAAGUUACUUGUCAUGCUUAUUAUCUCCCCUUAUCUUCCUUCAGUUUUAUGUAAAAGGAGAGAAUUGAAUCAUGUAACUUUCAAUAUUUUUUACAACUUUACCUAAAUGUAUGAAGUUAAUUAAUAUUGGAGUAGUGCAGAUCAUACUUGAUGUAUUGAAAUUAUUAUGCAUUUAAACAUGAUUUAUGUAAGCUAUGGUUUAAACUUUGUUCGAGUGAAAUUUGGCUAUAUUUUGCAAAGAAAAUGAUUCAAACAGCAACCACUCUAGCUUUGUUUAUGCCUAAGUCUUUUGAUGAAAAAAGAAGUGUUUCUAAAUAAGUGGGGAGUUACUUUACCCUUAUUUGGGUAAAAACAUUUUUCUCAAUUUAGUGGAAGAAGCCUAUCUGUCUUGCUUCUUAUCAGCCUUAAGAUAAGUAGUUUUUAAAAAGAUAUGUCUGUAUGUUAUAUGUCAAUUCAAUAAAUAGCUGCAUGACUUUUAGAUGCUUUUCCUAUCUUUCCAAGCUACUAAACCUGAAACAAAAUUGACCAGUUGAAAAUUGCUAAAAUGUGUUGGUAUGAUGAAUCAUUAAUGUUAUGUGAAGAGAAGUGUUUGAGCCAUUACAUGGCCAAGUAUUCCAUUCCCUUUAACACCAUUUAUGUGUGUAUAUGUUAGAUUUUGAUAUUUUUACCUUUAGCCUAAUUGUUCUGUACAUACAAGAUUGAAACUAGUUCAUUGUGAUAUUAUGAAUAUUUAAUGAUUUCUAUAAAUUGAUUUGACAUCUCAUUAGAUACAUACAUUAUACAUGUAUAUACUGUAUUGUUUUUAGAUGUUACAUGUUAUAAAUGUCUGACUUGGCUUACUAUUAGAUUGUAGAAAUGGUUGUAGGAUUUUAUUUUUUUUUAUUUUCUUGGAAAGGGAUAUGCCAAAGGAGAAGGUAUGAUAAGGCCACUUUUUGGCCCCUUGAAUUCAUAAGUCAAAAAUUAUUAUCAAUUAUUCAAAUAACAUCUUUCACAUGUUCACAAGACAUCAGUAUUUUUACUUUUGAAUUGUGUCAAAUAUUCAUGUGUUGGGGCUUCAUCUUUCUUGUCAUUUGGGUUAAUCUGUAAAAACUUCCAAAAUAGCCUCAUUUUGAUAAUUUGUCAUUAAUAUUUAGAAAUGAGCAAAGGCAUUACCUUCAAAGAAAUUUUUGCUGGAAGUUGUCUUAUACAAAGAUGUUAAUGAGAUUAAAAUAUCUUUUAUGGGUAAGGACUUGAAUAAAUUUACUAAUGUACCAAAAAGUAUGUGUACAAUGGACAUAUAGAUCAACUAAGUUCAUUUUUAUGACCUUGAACAAUUUUUUUUUAUUUUAAGUGAUAUAUUUAGAAAUGAGCCAAGGUAUAACCUGAAAAGAUAUAUAACUGUAAGCUGUCUUAUACAAAGAUGUUAAUGAGGGUAAAAUAUCUUUUUGGGUCAGGCCUUGGCUGACCUUACUCAUUGUAUCAAAAACUAUGUGUACAAUGGCCAUGUUUGGUCAUAUGCGUUACUGUUUCUGACCUUGAAUCAACUUUUUAGAACUGAAGCGUCCAAUUUAAAUCAUUCUUUUCAUUUAUUGUCAAAAACAAAUCUUAUUUUCAAAGGAUUGAUGAAUUUUAUUUUAGUAAUUUCAGAAGCCAAAUAAUAGCUCUUGUCAUACCUCUACCUUUAUUGUAUAAUGUACUUUAAUUUUAAUAUUUUUUUAAACUUACAAAGCAAAUUUUUAAUGUCCUUUGCAGGAUAGGGUUCUGUUUAAAUCCUUUUCUUCAGCACUGAAAGUAAAAACUACUGCAAAAAGACUUAAAUUUGGAGUGAUAGUGCUCACGCAGACUAGUUCAAAAUAUAUUUACAAAAUGAGAGAUUUAUUAAGAAUAAACAACUAAAAAUAAAUGUUGUAUUUUGUCAAUAUAAGCCAUUUAUAAGACAUUUGAAGUGUAAAUUUUUUUUUUUAAAAACUGUUAUUCUAGAUUCGAUAUCUGUAUUUUACUCCAGAGGAGCCAGACAUUAUAUCUGAUUCUGUCAUUAAAUAUUCAUAUUGUCAUUGAUAAUAAUAUAACAUUUUUAUUGUUUUUAGAACAUGAUUGUUGCUUUAUUGGUAGUAUUGUUAUACAAAGCUAUUUAUAACAUGAUACAUGCCAAUGUGUUAAAAAAAAGCAGGAAAAAUAGUUCAAACUUUUGUAUUAAUAAGUCAAAUUUCCUAAAUCUUUCUAGAUUCCUUGUCAAAUGCUAAUUCUUAGUUUUUAAGUAAAUAGUUUUAGAUAUACAAUGGAGUCUUAUUCUAAUUUAUCUGUGUAUAGUGUAAUUGAAGUGGUAUUGAGGUAAUCUAUUUUAAAUCUAUUUUUAAAAGUCAACAUUGUUUUAAGACAUAACACCUUUAGAUGAAAUCAGUAUUGUUACAGAUAGUAUAAUAUUUAUAUUUCUGACAAUGUUCUUUUAUCUUGUAUUUAAAUCAUUAUGUUUUAACUUAAAAAUAUAAAAGGUAUUGCUUUUUUUCUGCUGACAUUUAACAUAAAUUUAACCGGCAUUAUCAUGGGUUAUUUCCCUUGACAUGCUGAGAGGAUUGUUAUCCAUCUAAGAGUUAGAUAUUCUAGAUAAUGUUAAACGUGUAAGUUCUCAUCAUAUUUGUAAUAAAACCAAUUUUUACAAAGA